CAAUCAUGAACCCGGAAACAGGGCUGCCACGCGGAGGUAAGUGACUUGCAGGUGCUCACUAUGAACACGAGGGCUGGCUUAAAGUUGGUUUCAGGGUGGCAGACAUUUGGCGUAAACAUACAUAGGGCGGUGAAACUCGGUGCUGUGUCUUAUAUCAGAACUGAUUCAAGUGAAGCUGCAUCUGAGAAAGGUUGCAAAUGUCUCAUUACAAGUUAUGAAAAUGGUGAAUGACACUGAUUCUUUGGAGGCGCGACCAGCUGUAACUGGGGACAUACCGACGCCUAUAAUAUUAGGUACCGUUUCCGCGAUUAUCUUCAUUGUACUGUUGUUAAUAUUUAUAUACUACAUACUAAAACUUAAAAAGAAACAAAAAUCGUAUACAUUCGCGAUGACACCAAAACCCCGGAUAACGUCGGCGAUCAUCAAAAUGGACAAUCCGCCGAUGCCAUUUCUGGUGCCUUCGCUGUCCAAUCCAGAAUUCGCCAUCACGAAGGAGUACCACAACAAGAGAUACAAGCGGCGUUUCAGUAUUGAACCAAUCAGAAUGCAGCUGCCUUUAGAUGAACUCAAACUGCAAGACUAUCAACAACGCAAAGGCAAAGAAAAUGUAUCGCCUUCAAAGUACGGAUUGGGAAAGAUUUGCUUUUCUGUGUUCUUCGUCAAGCAAUGCGAACAGUUGACUGUUACAUUACUCGAAGCAGUACAUCUGCCGGCUCAGAACAUGCGCGGAUCUGCUGACCCGUAUGUGAAGAUCGUACUCUUACCCGACAAACGCCGCAAACAAUUCACGAAAGUACAUCGCAAAACUCUCAAUCCCCGCUUCGACGAAACGUUCAAGUUCAACUUGCCACCAGAAGGGCUCAAGAGUCGGACUUUACAAAUGGUGGUAUACGACUUCGAUCGGUUUUCUCGCCCUGCUGUGGUCGGGCACGUCGCAUUUCCUCUGAAACAGGUAGACUUCAAAGCGCCUGACAACGGCAAACAGUUCAUUUGGAAGAAUAUCACGAACAUUAUUCCGAAUGAGCUGAAGCGAGGAGAAUUGCUAGUGUCGUUGACGUAUCUACCUAAUGCUAAGCGGCUAAACGUCGUCGUACUCAAAGCCAAAGAGGUGCACAAUUCCAACAGUGCAAAAAUAACAGCUAAUGAAUAUUUGAUUGUCGAAGUAAACAUGGUGAUGUCUGGUCGAGUUGUUAAAUCAAAGCGUACCUCCCGUGUAAAGGGCACAUCAAAUCCAGAGUUUGACGAAGCCUUCUCCAUGUUCCUAGCCAGAAAAGACACUGAUAAAACUUGUAUUGUAAUUACCAUGAUGCACCAACGCGGGACCGGGUUAUUCAAGUGUUCAAAACCUAUUGGUCGUACUGUCAUUGGCCCGUUCAUGUACUCCACGGACAAUGGGUUGUUGCAUUGGGACGCUGCCAUGCAAGCACAAAGAAGCAGUGUGGCCCAAUGGCAUACCCUUGUGUGAAUAGCGCCAUCAUGCGUUGUAUGCGUAUAGCGACCAUAUACCUCGAGUAGCAAUAAAAUCUGAGCAUAUGCUAAGCUAAGCUACAGUAAUACCACUAUUUCGACCUGUAUUAUGGCAAUAUUACUAGUAUUUGUCCAGCUUUCCGUGUUGUGUCACUGAUGUAAAUUACCAUCGAUGCAUGUCGUGUACUGGCAAAUCUUGCCCGCCAUCAUGACAGCUUCGUUUAAUUGUCUCACCGAAUACUUCAAUCCGUGUAUAUGAUGGAUACAUUUCAUUUCACAGCAUUCGCAAUA